UUUGUAGCUCUUGAAAUUCUCUAUCGAAUGGUAUAUAAUAGUUGGGGUUUUAAUUGACUAUGAUAGGAAAAGUCUUUUAUGAAAGCGGCGAUGGGUCGAUUUUUCCAUAGGAAGCUAUAGGGAAAAAUGGGUAUAUUUGCAAUAACUCAGGAACGGCUCGGCUGAUCCUUCUCAUCUUCGAACUCGACCGAGAUAUUGUAAAGACUGAACUGUAUGGAAAAUUUCAUCGUGAUCGGACUCUCCUUUCGAAAUUUAUCGUGUAAACGGCCGGCCGGACAUACUGACCGAGUCUAGAGUGUACUCACUUUUUGAGUACACAAAAAAGAUUCAACAUAGAACCAAAUUUCAUGUCAACUACCCAAGCAGACAAACUUUUUCAAAAACGCGUUUAAACGCGUUUUUGAAAAAGUUUGUCUGCUUGGGUAGUCUUAAAUCACUGAUGCUUUUUGUUGUGUAAAAAAACUAGUCGAGAUUGACAUUUUAGGAGAACGAUGCGAUUACAACAAUAUUAGAAAGUAGUUUUUCACAGCUUAAAAUAAUAGAGAUGAUCAGAGUAUUCAUGGAGCACAACGUUUUUGUACCCACUGAUUUCAACUGUAUGCUAGUGAAGGGUAUCAAAUGAUGAUGUUCUUUGCAUUGUGUUAGCGAAGAUCAAUACUCUUGGUAGUUGACCUUAUACUUGUUGUUACUACUUUUAGUCAAUAGAUUUCGUUGCCCGAAAGGAUGGCGACGUCUAGGUGGUGCAUGUUACUAUAUUUCCAAUAUCAAUUCGACAUCAAAUGAAGCCAAUUAUACUUGUAGCCUCUUGCAUUUCAAUCAUUCACAGUUAAUGCAAAUUCGUAAUUCUAUCGAAUUUUUCCAUGCAGCAAAUAUUGUCACCAAAAAUAAUUUCUCCUCAUUGAUAUUCUAUAUCGAUCUGCAAUUGUUCAAAAGUGAGCUAAUAUCACAAAACAAAUCUCAUAUUCCAUUUUUUUAUUUAGGAAAACAAAUUACCGAAUUAUUGAUGAAUGAUCAAGGUAAUUGGCAACGGAUGAAAGAAAAAUUUCGCAAAGCACGAAUAAGAGAUUAUAAAUUGAAAACGAAAGUACUUGAUGAAUUACGUGCAGCAGGUUUGCGUAUAUCAAGGCGUUCGAAAAAGAUUAAACAAGCUGUUCACGACAAGAAAGAAAAUUUUCGACUUGAUCAUCAUGAUUCAAAUGAAUAUUAUAAUGAUAAAACAAUGGAUGGUGCACAAAAAUCGAUUAUUCACAAUUCAAUGAAAGUCAAUGAACAAGAUUACGAAGAAGAAGAAGAUCUCGAUUUGCCUGACGAAGCCGAUGAUUUUGAACAGAUCGAUGAUAUUCAUGGUAUCUGUGAUCAAGUCGUUUGGAAUGUUAUGAAAAAUAGUUCUCAAGUCUAUGUGCUAACAACUUUUUUGCGUGACAAGAAAAUUGUCUGCUCAUUGAGUGACACUGAUCCCAAUGUCAAAUAUAAUCAUGUCUGUGAAUAUGUGCUUGACUUUUGCUUUGCAAAUGAUGUAUGUGGCAAACAUGGUUAUUGUGUUAAUAGUCCAUCGGGCUUCAAAUGUUCGUGUUCGUUCUUGUACGGCGGUAUUCUUUGUGAAAAAAUCUCAUUUAUUGGUGCAGAAUUAGCUGUACGUUUUGCUUAUGAUUCAAUUUAUGUUCGAUGUAAGAAAAAAGAAAAUAUUUGGCUUUCACCCAUAACACCAUGUGAAGAAAAUCAUGGCUUUGCGGCCUACGUUUCAUAUUUACAUAUGGAAGUGGCUCACACACAUCCUGUGAUGCUCGCCUUUUGUUAUUCACUCUAUGAUGAUAUUCUUGAACGUCGACCGAAAUGUUUCGAUGACGAUGAAUGUUGCAUUAGUCCAGCUGAACUUGAUGAUGAGUAUUAUGAAUUAAAAAACAUACAGACAUCAAAAGAUAUACCAUUGGUUCUGAAUAGAAUGUCCAGACGUGCAUCGGACAAUAACAUAAUUCGAAAGAAUAUAGAUAACGAAAGUGACGAGGAAAAUAUCGAACAAAAACAUCAUAUACAGACGACAAAAACGAAAAUAAACAUGACUCCGCCAACUCAUCCACCAAAGAAAGAUUGUACUUCAUCGUCAUCAAUGAAGAAGAAGCAUAAAGAAAGAGAGAUCAAGGAAAACACGAAAAAAUUACCAUCAACAGUAAAUUUAGAAGACGACGAAAGUGAAGAAGAAGCGAAGCAGUCAGAUUCUAAUAUAUACACAGCCUAUUCGACCAGGAAUCAUCUACUCAAUCUGACCGAGGUCAGCGAAAACGAGCAGAGGUUACGAAAAAAGCAUGCUCGAUUUCGCUGGUAUCUCGCCUAUACAAUGAUUAAUAAUUGGCAAUUGUUCGAUUGGAGAAAAGACCUCAAAAGUCGAAGGACACAAAUGCAUGCACAACGAAACAAUAGUCUGAUUGAAGAAGAAUAUCCUGCUGAAAUACCUAUAUCACGACAGAUAACUAUGGAAAUCGAUGGUUACCCGCAAAGUCCAGCCGAACGUUAUAUCAAUAUUCGAUCAAAUAUCUUAAACAAAACGGUUGCACAAGAACUCCAUGCACAUUACACGCCGCUUGCAUCUUCAGCAUUACCAUAUAAUCGUUCAGAAGCGCAAGUACCACUGAACAUCGGCAGUAAUGCCAGCCUUGAUUUUUCGAAUCAAUUGACAAUCGAUUAUCCAACAGCAAUCGCUUCAGGCAUCAGCGAUUCUGCCACACUACACACACAAUCAAAUUUUACUCAACAAAUGCAAAGGUGUCAUCAAAAAGCUGCAAGAAAAAUGCACAAAAAACGAUCACAUUGCCAUGUCUAUGGACCAUCAUCUCAGGAACCAAUGAUACCUGCAUUCUCAAAAGCUACUAUGAUCACUCCACAAAGGCUCAAUGUGACAUCAGAAGAACGUGUGGUACCGCCCAUGACUGCUGCUGGUAAACAAUUGCCGAGUAAUUCUUCACUUCAGUUUCCAUGUUCUUCAGAACAAAUGUCAAGUGUUCCAUCAUCCGCUGUUAGUGAUAAUCAAGUUCGAAAUGUCAAUGAAAAUCUGAGAAAAAAGCGGGCGACAAAAAGGACAUCGCCAUCUCAAUACCAAACAGGAGCGAAUGAAUCCGGAUUACAACAGCCAAUUCCUGCGCCACGAAUGGAUAUUAUUCAGGACGACAGUGAAAUGGCUGCUAAGAAUAAGAAUUGA